GUAGACGUCCCGGGGGCUGGCAGGACCCUGACCCCAAGAUGGCGGCGCCCAGCGGAGUCGGCGCGGCAGCCACCAGCAAAGACGAUGGCGGAGGCGGGGGCGGCGGCUUUGGAUCGUGGCUAGACGGACGGUUGGAGGCGCUGGGAGUGGACCAGGCCGUGUAUGGCGCCUACAUCCUUGGUGUCUUGCAGGAGGAGGAGGAGGAGGAGAAGCUUGACGCUCUGCAGGGGAUCCUGUCGGCUUUCCUGGAAGAAGAUUCGCUUCUUGAUGUCUGCAAGGAAAUUGUGGAACGGUGGUCGGAAUCUCAAAGUGUCGUCACCAAAGUGAAAAAAGAAGAUGAGGUCCAGGCCAUUGCCACCCUAAUUGAGAAGCAGGCGCAGAUCGUGGUGAAACCCAGGAUGGUGUCGGAAGAGGCCAAGCAGAGGAAAGCCGCCCUCCUGGCGCAGUACGCCGACGUGACCGACGAGGAGGACGAAAGCGAUGGGAAGGAUGACUCCGGCGCUGCCUCGGUGAACAUCGGUUCUGACAGAUCCCUGUUCCGCAACACCAAUGUGGAAGACGUCCUCAACGCCCGCCGCCUGGAGCGAGACUCGCUGCGGGAUGAGUCCCAGAGGAAGAAGGAACAGGACAGGCUGCAGAGGGAGAGGGACAAACUGGCCAAGCAGGAGCGCAAGGAGAAAGAGAAGAAGCGGACACAGAGAGGAGAGCGGAAGCGAUAGCCUCGGCCGGCACUCUUCCCCGUGCACUGCGCAGAGGGAGAGCGGCUGCGCGCGCGGAUUCCAGAGACGCGAGUUCGUUGCCCAGUGGUUUCCCAAGGCUUUUCUCCCUCUGUUCACGUGGGCACGAGGCAAAUCGCGGUCACCUCUCAUUGCAACACGUGCCAUGUUUCGGUGGUGUGGGCAGUCGCGUUAUCACAGUUGAUGUCUGUACCAAAGAUCUGGAGUAGAGACAGCUUUUCUAUUUUAAUCCUGAAAUCCUGUGCUCCUUUGGGCCACUUUAAAGUCUUCCUUCACCUUGGAUAAAUGGCAGGAGGUUCCGGGAAGCUCAGGGUUGCGGUUUGCAUCCUGAAGGAGCAGGCUCAUGGGCGCUCCUUCCCUGGAUGAAAGGUGGGAGUGAGCGCAGGCAGCCUACACCCCUAAACAUGAAACAGCGAACGGAGAGCCCCACCUGGAUCCAGGCGUUAGGAUACAUGGCAGGAAACUAGGAAAAUGGAAAUUACUUGGAGAAUUAAAAAAAAAAACAAACUGGUUUCAGCCUAUGGAAGAAAACUUUUUCCUACGAGACAGCUGCAUAUUUUUCCUCACUAGGCUGUGACUUUGUUCUACAAGGAUGUGUCAGUACUGGGUGCACGGAUAUCAUUGCUACCAGAUUCAUUUUGUUCUAAUCAUGAAUGCCCUCGAGUGCUGGGUAGAGAAUUUCAGAUCCAGUAAUUCCUGGUGUAGAGAAGCUGGGGGAAUUGCCCUUUUAAGGAAAAAACACUGGAAAUGUCUGUUAGCACAAGGAUGUUACGAGUGGACACAGCAGGUGCUCAUGACGCUUGCUGAGUGAGUGAGAGAGGCUGGGAGGCAGCAGGAGCAGGAACCCCCGCUUCCACGAUCGGCCUGAACCCCACACGCACCCUGCUCAGCUCGGCUUUCAGCGAGCAGACUGCGGAGAAGCCUGGAGACCACGACUUCUCCGUGAGACAAAGUAGACAUUUUAUACCGGGCUCAGCACACUGCCACCCACAGGCUCAAUUUGGCUCAGUCAGAUUUUGUAUGGUUUAAACUAAAAAAUGGAGUUUACAUUUUUAAAGGGUUUCAGAAGAAAGAAUGCAUGACAGACCAUAUGUGGCCCAUAAGAUCUAAACUGUUUACCGUCUGGCCCUUUAGAGAAAAAGUUUGUUGACUUCUGUUUUAUAUCAUUAACUAUGAGAGUAACAAAAUCUUACCUUUGUGCAGAAGGUAAAAAAAAAAAAAGCAUGGUUAAAGAAAAGGAGAUGUGUUACCUCUUAAAUCACUCCUAUAACCGUGGCAUUGAAAAAAUAAUUUUUAAAACCCACCUUUUUUUAAAAAAAUAAACUAAUUUUAAGUCA